GCCCAGAUGGUGAGGAUCUGAGAUGAUCAGGGUGAUUUGUGGAAGGGGAGGAUUGCAGGACCUUAACGCAGAUGCCAAGAACAGAAUCCCAGCCUUUCCACCCAGCUGUGCGACAGAAGGCUUCCUCCCAGCAGCUCCACAGAGGCUCCAGCACAGGAGCCUGCUCUGCCUGGUCGAUCUGUGGCCUGUGAUCCAGCUGGGGCCACAUCCUGCACCCUGCCCCGAGGUGUGGGUCUGGCUGUGGAGACCCUGAGGCUGCCACUGAUGGAGGCUGCUCUGCUCUUUCCAGGUCUGCUUUGUGUGUGGCGAGAAGGGGGCCACCAUCACCUGCCAGGAGAUGGGCUGCGACCGCAGGUUCCAUCUCCCCUGUGCCGUGGAGGGCGGAUGUGUCACUCGUUACAUCCUGCCGUACAGUUCCUUCUGCUGGGAGCACCGUCCACAGCAGCAAGAGCUGGCGGCUCCAGAGAACACCAAGUGCCUCAUCUGCAUGGACGCUGUUGAAGGCAGAACGACCUAUGGGACCAUGGUGUGCCCAGCCUGCAAACAAGCCUGGUUCCACAGGGCCUGCAUCCAGGUAGCAGCUGUUCCCUUGGUCCGGACACGGCAGGCUCUCAGCAGCAGCAGAGCCUCACUCACGCUCUUUCUGUUUCUCCUGCAGGGACAGGCUCUGCGUUCUGGCGCUUUUUGCUUGCAGUGCCCUGUGUGUCGAAAUAAGAGAAUGUUUCUAACAGAAAUGCUCCACGUGGGGAUCCGAAUCCCAGAGAGGUUGGUGUCCUCCUGGCCAGCACUGCGUCACACCUGGACCUGCCCCCGCAGUUAUGGCCCUCCGCUGACCCCCAACUCCAGGCUUUAG